AUGUAAAAUCGUUAAGAAUUACAAUCAAACCCUAUUUUCCAAUAGGUCUGUCAAUAACUCAACUUUUAACCUGAUUAAUUAGAACCAUAAGGAUUUGAAGAGUUCUACUAAGCAAAUUAAAAGAAAUACAAUAUGGAUGAAGAAGCUUGGAUAGUAUUAUGGGAAGGACAAGAAGAAAAGAAAUAAAAUAAGUUACAACAAGUACUAAAAAUAGUUGAAUAAGAAGAAAGAAAAGCAGAAGAGGAAAAAAAAAAAUCUUAUGCUCAUUUAUUAAAUUAGUUAAGUCAGAGUCAAUCUACUAAAGUUUAACAAAAAUAAUUGGAAAAAUUAAGAGCAGGUAAUCUUAAGGAUCUCAGAUUUUAUGUGGAAUAAUAAAUUUCAGAAUUAACAAAUAAGAAGAGUUUUAUCCCUAGAUAUAAAGAAAUUGAUAUUUAUCAUGAAAGAAGAAAAAUUGAGAUGGAUUAAGAAAGAGACAAAGUCCUUGAAACCAAAAUUUUAAAAUUCACUCCUCCUUUGGAGACAAAAAAGAAAAUUGAUAGUAAUUUAGUUUUUGUAGGGUUGGACAAACUUGCUCCAAGAUAAAUUAAAUUAAGUUCAUACGAAUUUGAUGUUGAGAAUUACGAUCCUGAAGAUGAUGUGAAUUAUGAAUUAGAAUAACAACUAUUAGAUCAAAUAGAAGAAGAACUUAGGCAAGGAAAAAGAACAGAUAAAAAUGUCACAGAAAAUGUCAGAAGACCAUAAGUAAAGAAGAAAAAAGGAAGUUAAAUAUAGGAAGUAUAAAAAAGAAAUUAAGAAUAAAUGGAAGAAAAAAGAAAUUAAUUAAUAGAGAAAUAGGAGAAGGAGGAUGAAAGAGUUAAUUAGAGGUAACUCUAAAAAUAAAGAGAAUUAAAAUAGAAGAUAAUAUCUAAUUUUAUGAGACAAUAAGAUAAGAAGGAAAAUUAAAAUAGAAUAUAAUUAGUUGAUGAAUUGAACAAUGAAUUAUUACAAAAAAAAAUUGCUGAAAAGAAAAAAAAAGUAGAUAAAUUCCAAAAGAAUAAAUCUAACUAUCAUAAAUAAAAAUUUUAAAUCAAUAGAUAAUUGGAUGAUUAUGAUAUGAAUUUAAAUCAACUUCUUGAGGAUUAUCAAGAUGGAAUGAUAUCAGCAAAUGCAUUAGAAUAAGCCAUUUCUGAUGUUCCAGUCAAGAUAUCAGCUUAAAAAGCUUAAUCUCAAAAACCCCAAUUAUCUCAAAGGAAAAAAGCUCCCAAAGCUUUAAGUUAAAAAAAUUAAUAAGAAUUAGUUGAUUUAGAACAAAAACAUAACUUGGAAUUAAGAAUGUUAAUCGAAAGAGAAGAACUUGCUGAAUUAAAUAGAUAAAAAUCAAUUAAUAAUGGUGUCACAUAAGAUAUAUUAGAAUUGUUUGAAAAAUAAAGAGAAGCCUCUAAAAAGAGAAUCUAAAACACUUUAACAAAAUAAAAAAUGGAGAUUUAAAAUAAAUUAAGAUUGCAUUCGAAAUCUCGCUGA